GUAGCUGUAGUAGUACCUGUAGUACCUGUAGUAGCUGUAGUAGGUGUAGUACCUGUAGUACCUGUAGUACCUGUAGUACCUGUAGCAGCUGUAGUACCUGUAGUAGGUGUAGUACCUGUAGUAGCUGUAGUACCUGUAGCAGCUGUAGUACCUGUAGUAGGUGUAGUACCUGUAGUAGCUGUAGUACCUGUAGUACCUGUAGUACCUGUAGUAGGUGUAGUACCUGUAGUAGGUGUAGUCCCUGUAGUAGCUAUAGUACCUGCAGUACCUGUAGUAGCUGUAGUACCUGUAGUACCUGUAGUAGGUGUAGUACCUGUAGUACCUGUAGUAGGUGUAGUACCUGUAGUACCUGUAGUAGGUGUAGUCCCUGUAGUAGCUAUAGUACCUGCAGUACCUGUAGUAGCUGUAGUACCUGUAGUAACUGUAGUAGCUGUAGUCCCUGUAGUAGCUAUAGUACCUGCAGUACCUGUAGUAGCUGUAGUACCUGUAGUACCUGUAGUAGGUGUAGUACGCUGUAGUACCUGUAGUACCUGUAGUAGCUGUAGUACCUGUAGUUGGUGUAGUAGGUGUAGUACCUGUAGUACCUGUAGUAACUGUAGUAGCUGUAGUCCCUGUAGUAGCUAUAGUACCUGUAGUACCUGUAGUAGCUGUAGUACCUGUAGUGGCUGUAGCACCUGUAGUACCUGUUGUAGCUGUAGUAGGUGUAGUAGGUGUAGUAGGUGUAGUAGUACCUGUAGUAACUGUAGUAGCUGUAGUAGGUGUAGUACCUGUAGUACCUGUAGUACCUGUACUAGGUGUAGUACCUGUAGUAACUGUAGUAGCUGUAGUAGGUGUAGUACCUGUAGUACAUGUAGUACCUGUAUUACCUGUAGUAGGUGUAGUAGGUGUAGUAGUACCUGUAGUACCUGUAGUACCUGUAGUAGGUGUAGUACCUGUAGUAACUGUAGUAGCUGUAGUAGGUGUAGUACCUGUAGUACCUGUAGUAGGUGUAGUACCUGUAGUAACUGUAGUAGCUGUAGUAGGUGUAGUACCUGUAGUACCUAUAGUAGGUGUAGUACCUGUAGUAACUGUAGUACCUGUAGUAGGUGUAGUACCUGUAGUAGCUGUAGUAGGUGUAGUACCUGUAGUACCUGUAGUACCUGUAGUA